GCUGACGUCGUCUGUCGGAAAAAAAUCUUCGAACGGUGAAAAAUGGAUCGGUAGCUGGAAAGAUACUUUUAAGCGAAAUACGCAAAAAAAACGGCUUUUGUCCGCUAUUUCAGCGAUUUUUUUUGUGCUGUAAUCGGCAGGAAUAAUUUUUAACAACGACCACUACACCACCACCCGUCAGUUCCAGCAAAAACAACACAAUACCUGCAAUAUAAUUACUUCUGCACCACAGAACACCCAACUAUUGCACAGCCAGCCAAGCCCACAAAGGAAAGGUGGAACGCAAAAAAAAAAAUAAGAAAACCAAAACGGAAAAAAGGAAGAAAUUGAACUUUUUGCCUGCUUUGCCGAUGUGAUGAGAGAAAUCUGCAGUCGCCUACUCCAACAAUAAAACUACUAGUAAAUUUGAACCAAAAUCCUGUCGUACGAAAGAAUCAAAUUAAUUCACACACCACACUCGCAUUUCUUGGCAAUUGGAUUAAAAGAGUAUCACAGGCAGAAAAAAUAUUUUCAACCAGCCACCAUUUUGAAUGAGCUGAAGCAGCAGAUAGAGAGAGACCGUAACGCAGCCGACGCAGCAGCAACGUUUCUUGGAUUGCAGCUGGCGUCACAAGCCCCCUUCUAGCCUAUUCAGUUCCUGCUAUUUGCAUCCAUUAGGACGCCGAGACUGUGCCGGGCCACCUGGUGUUCAUUCUGUGGCCAUAAAUAAUUUCCAGCGAAAACGCCAACUCCCGAAAAUAUGGUUGAGUUUAAGGAAAAAAAUGCCAGCACAGCUGCAGCAGGCAGCGUGAAGCAACAUCAACGCAACGCCAACGCAGGGAACGUGAACAACAACCCUAGAGGUUCUGGAGACAGUGGGUUAUGCGGCAGUGGAGUUUCUUCCAGCAACACGGAUAACAGCUGCAGCCAGAGUCAAUCAGAUGGCCAGAAUGAGCUUACGCGCUACAGUAGCGAGGAUGCGUCGGGAAAUGAGUCGAGUGAAGCACCCAACAUGACCGAGGUGGAGCGGCAGGCCGAACUGAACCGGCACAAGGAGGAGAUGCAGAAGAAGCGCCGUAAGAAACGCAUUAGUUCCUCUCUGCAUUCGUCAACGUUUCAAGAACUCUACAAGCUGACCGGUGAAAUACUUGGCGAGGGCGCUUACGCUUCGGUACAAACUUGCGUUAACAUUUACACCGACCUGGAAUAUGCUGUUAAGGUUAUUGAUAAGAUACCAGGACAUGCGCGUGCUCGUGUCUUUCGAGAAGUGGAGACAUUCCACCAUUGCCAGGGACAUCUGGGCAUCUUGCAAUUGAUCGAGUUCUUUGAAGAUGACGAAAAGUUUUACUUGGUGUUUGAGAAAAUCAAUGGCGGUCCUCUGCUCUCCCGCAUCCAGGAGCACAUCUGCUUCUCGGAGCAUGAGGCUGCGCAGAUAAUAAAGGAAAUUGCCUCAGGAUUGGAUUUUCUUCAUAAGAAGGGCAUUGCCCACCGUGAUCUCAAGCCGGAAAACAUUCUCUGUGUGAAAACCGACUCGCUGUGUCCGAUCAAGAUUUGCGACUUUGAUUUGGGCUCUGGCAUAAAGUUUACCACGGAUGUCUCCUCGCCAGCAGCCACUCCCCAGCUAUUGACACCAGUCGGAAGCGCCGAAUUUAUGGCCCCCGAAGUUGUCGAUUUGUUUGUGGGCGAAGCAAACUAUUACGACAAGAGAUGCGAUUUGUGGUCCUUGGGAGUCAUUGCUUACAUUCUGCUCUGUGGCUAUCCACCAUUUUCGGGCAACUGUGGAGAGGAUUGUGGCUGGAAUCGCGGUGAAAACUGUCGCACUUGCCAGGAGCUCCUCUUUGAGUCCAUUCAAGAGGGACGCUUUAGCUUUCCGGAGGCCGAAUGGCAUGAUGUAAGCGAUGAGGCCAAAGACCUGAUUAGUCGUCUGCUGGUCAAGCAGGCCUCAAAGCGUCUGAGCGCGGAGGCUGUUUUGAAUCAUCAUUGGAUUCGUAUGUGCGAGCAUGAACCGCCGACUAGCAGGCAGUCUGGCCGCCACAAGGCAUUGCAGACCCCAAGCAAUAUUCGACGGAAUCACCAGUCUGCUAGGGAAAUUUCGCAGUUUGCCGAGUCUGCCAUGGCUGUUAAGCGCGUGAUCUUGCAGCAUUUCUCCAUGCGCUAUGACUACAUGAAAGAGCGUCCCAACAUCUACCAGCCAUCACAGGCCUAUAUGGAUGCUUAUAGCGAUGAGAACUAUAAUCCCAAGCCGCCCUCUCAUUACACUCGAAAUCGAUCACAACGCACAGCUGCAGCAGCAGCAGUGGCAGCAGGAGCUGUGGCAGGUGGCUUGUCUAGCUAUGGAGGACGCAUGUCCUCGAUUCAUGGCCAGAGGACGAGCAGCCGUCACUCUUCCAGGAAUGCUUCACGCAACGCAUCUGCGAUAUAUCCAAGCAGUGGAGGAUUUAAGACGUUGAAUGUUCACGAGGAAGACGAUGAUGAUGACGCACUCGAGGCCUUUGGACGUUUGGAUGAUGAUGACGACGAGUGGGCCAUGUCGACACGUCGCUAUCAGCAGCAGCGCGAGCUGCAGCAACAGCAGGAGGAGACGCUUGGCGAUGAUCACGAGGAUCACUAUAGGGAGAGCGUCAGCGAGGGAGAUGAGGGCGACGACUUAGAGAGCGAGGAUUAUCAACACUAUAAGCAUUAUUGGCGCGAGUUAGACGAAGAUGAGGGCGAUGACUAUUUGUAUGAGCAGCAGCAGCAACGCGUCGAUGAUAUUGCAGAAGAGGAGGAGGAGGAGGAGGAGGAACGAAACAAACAACACGCUGACAAUCGAAACCAAUUGAAAGCUAAAGUGGAACAAUUUGGCGAAGCCAAUGAAAACGAACAGCAGCCGAAGAAUGGUGGGUGUGAGAAAGAUCUUAUUAUGGAUAAUAUGGAAAAAUCGAAGCAAAGUGAAUUUGCUAAACUCACAAUGACAACAACAAUGCGCAAUGAUGCGCAGGAGAAAGAGAAGGAGAAGGAAAAGGAAUGGAUGAAGGAGAAGGAGAAGGAAAAGGAGAAGAAUGAGCAGGAUGAUGUUGAUGGAGCUGAGAGGCAAGGACCAUCAAGUGAUAUUAGUGCUACUACCAUCACCGAUAAUAACAAGAAGCAAACACCAGUUAAGACUACAACAACACACAUUAACAACAUAAAGCAACAAUGUGAGCAGCAGCAAACUGGAGAUAAUGAUGAUGAUGUUAAACUAUUGGAUAGUAUUAGUGAUUUAAAUGAAAAGCUACCUGAAAUUUAUGAGACUGCAAAUAUUGUUGUCAACUCAGCGGCAGUGCAACCAACAACAACAGCAGCAGAAACAGCAACAUGCCCACCAAUCGAUAACAUAAAUGAUGAUGAUGAUGUUUUGAAAGCGAUAAAUAACGCUCCGAAGACAACUGCAGCUGAGGAGACAACAAUGCGAACGACUUUUGGUAAAUCACACGAACAGCAACAACAACAGCAACAUACAGGCUACAGCAAACCAACACGCAAUGUUUGUUUUGCACUUGAUGCAUAUCAAAAUGACGAGGAUGCCGACAUAGACGAGGACGAUGACGAUGACUACGAUGAGGAUGACGAGGGAGAAGAUGAAAUGGAGCCACAGUGCAAUAGUUCAGCAGCUUUUAAGCAACCGCUGCCAUCUAUUUCCAAUGCCUAUACACGGAAGCAGCGCCAGCAGCAGCAACGAUACAUUGUGCCACGGUACCAAGGUCAGGGUGGUCCGGUUUCGGGUCAAAGGCAACCUGAAAAUUGGCGCUAUCGCACUCAUCACUCGGAGCAGCAGCAGCCGGCCGCUGGCUAUCGGAAGUACCGCCCACCCUUUAGCACUGGCGGGGGCGGUGGUCACUAUGGCAACCAGCAGCGCAACUAUUUGGGUAGUUUCUCGCACAGCGGCGGUGCCGCUGGCUACAAGGUAGCUCCAUCGAUGCAGCCACCACCGCAGCGAAAUAACAGCGCUGGGAGCAGCAGCGGCAGUGGCGGCUCCCCUCCAUCAGAUGAGCAGUCUACAUUGCCGUCAUCUACGAUCCGCAACUGGCGCCAAGAUUGCGUUUACGUAAAUGCAUCCCCAAUGCGCAGUUGUGGAAUGAAUCAGCAGCAGUCGCGGGCCGCUGUGCAACAUCGGCAACAUCAUCAACAGCCAAGAAUUGGCAGCGGUCGCUUUGCCCAUUCGCAACCAGCCCUGUUGAUGGAGGAGCUGCCCAACAUUCGCAUUGGCCUGUCCCCUCCAAGCGAGAGCUUGCUGCUGCAGCGACGCAUGCGGCAGCAACAGCGAGCCAAUGAUCUGUCAGAGUAUUGUGAAGCUGCAACUGCUAGUGGCUAGGCAUGCCUUAUGCCCUUUUCAGCUUUAAGAAAUGUGUACUGCGUCGAAAUACAUAGUUUUGUGGCGUUUUUUACGCACAUUCUCAAAUUCAACUUUCCAGUUAUAUACCUUGUUUGGUGCAACAUUUCAACCACACGCAAACAUUUCAUUAAAACGUAAACGCAAAAAUGCAAAAUCCUACUAAAGUUCCGUCAUCGCAAGAGAAACAGAUACAAAAUUGUGGUAAGGAAGGAUCGAGAUAAUUAAAAGAGCGAAUCGCCUUCAAAGAGCAAUUGUCUACGCUGUUUUGAAACGAAAGCCAAAGUCGUUCCCGAUAAAAAACGUACUUUUUUUAUAAAAAAGAUUCAAAAAUUGUAAUUUGUAUUGAACUUUAAUUUUUUAUUUUGAAAAAUAAAAUCGAAUACAAGAAGUGUUUGAGCGAGAUGCAUUAACCAAUUAACAUUUUUCUGUUCUAUAAUCCUGUAAUAUUUCAUGUAAAUUGAGCAAAUGUGAAAUUUUUUGAAAACUUGAAUAUUGUAAUGAAAGUAAUGAAAGGAAUAUUUAAAGAUCUUGUAAAGUAUCUGUGUUUCAAAUAACAGAGAACAGAAUAAUUAUAAAAACUCAUGCAACCAUCCACAGAUUUAGAGAUGCUUCAGAUAAUUCAAACAAAUCAGCGUGCAGAUGUGUUUAAGCUCUUCGACAUGCGGAAGUGCAUUCAUUGUCUAUUCAGUUUUCAGGUCUGCAGUUGUCAAUUUUAUUCAAUUUUCUAAAAAAGAAUCUUUCGAAAACAACUAAAAAAUAUAUUUUUUUAAGUCUUGAAAAAAAAUGUACACCCACUAACAAAACACUAUAGACAAACCCAAGGGUUCUUGACAUUUAACGAUGCUGAACAUUUUUCAUGGGCGUAAAUAAAGGUAAAACAAACAAAAGAAAUUGUGUUAAAUACAUAAUUAUAAUAUUUAAAAAAAUUGUGAUAUAAAAUGUAAAUGUAAAUGCACCUGAAGAAAUCUAUCUAUCAAAUGACGCUGUGCCAUCAACAACAUCCACACUUCUGACUACUGUUAAGGCCGCCAGGAAGAGGAAGUUUCCGCAAUCUUUAUUUGUUUACGCCCCCAAAAUCAAUGUCAAGUGCAUCAUCAAUACUUCUAUUUUUCCAACAAACUAGCUUACACUAAAAACUUCCAUCUAAAACAAAAAGUAUAAAAUAAACUCAAAAAAUCCCUAUUAUAAAAUAUAUAAAUGAAAUGGAGAGAAUCGAUGGCAAAACAGCAUCAGUUUAGUUCAGUUAAAGUUUAGAACAUAACAUUUAUAAAACGACAGCGUCCAGAACAUUUUUCACUAUUUCACUAUAUCUAUUCCUACAGAAGCAAUUAAGUUUGCAUUAAAAAAUUUGAUAAUAUGGAAAUCGCAUUCGUUUUAAUUUGUUAAGCUGUGAGGAAUGUUUCGCAACGAAACAAAAAAAUGACUAAGGCAAGAUACUACUACGCUCACUUGAGAUAAAAUCCUUAGUUUUCAAACGUCCGUUAAACGUAUGAGUAAACUUAAGCUGUUGGAUACUGGUCAAGAGCUGCUUUAGUAAGUCCGAACAGAA